AUGGCGGACUUGAUGGGGUCAGGGGAACCACACGACUGCGCCAAAAGAGCUGAAGCUGAAGAGAAAGUUAGAGAAGAUCUGAAAGCGGAGCCCAUCCCCGGAGCUGAAGACUGGUUCACAGAUGGCUGCUGUCACCGUGAUGAAGAAGGACUGAAAGCAGGCUACGCUGUGGUUUGCAGAAGAGGACAACACUAUGAAGUGAAAGAAGCCGGAAGAAUCGAGGGCCAACAGUCAGCACAGAGAGCUGAAGUAAUAGCUCUGACCCGAGCCCUCAGACUGGCCAAGGACAUGAAGGUGAACAUUUACACUGAUUCAGCUUAUGCGUUUGGAGCAGCUCACGUGGAACUUGCUCAAUGGAAGAGAGCAGGUUUCAGAACAGCAACUAAUGCCCCAAUAUGCCAUAAGAGGGAAAUGGAAGAACUGGAAGAAGCUCUGAACGACCCAGGCGAGGUAAGUAUCAUAAAAUGCAAAGGACACUCUCAAGAAAACACAAUGGUGGCCAAAGGGAACCAGAAAGCAGAUGAAGCAUAA